AUGGGUGGUGAGCAGGUCGUUGACUCACCUGCCAAGACUCAAGCAGCUUUCACUAUAAUGCCCUUCGAGCACAGGAAAACCGAGAGACCACACUAUCAGACUUUCUCGUGCAUGAGAGACUCUUCAACGGUUGAUUUCACUGCUGUUGUAAAAGAUUCCUUUGGGGGUGACCACAGAGAGACGCAGGAGGAGGUGACGGUCCUCGGCGAGGUGUUCCUCCGCCGCCCCGCCGUCCUGGUUUCCGGCGCCCUCGUCCUCUUGGGCGUCCUAGACUGUCUCGUCAGCCUCGCCUGCGCCGCCAUCAGUGCCAGGGAAGCCUGCGGUCUGUACUCGAAGGGCGAGGACACGACGCAGGGCCUCUCCGAAGGGCACAACCGCAAGGAGAGGCUGUACCGCUGGCUCGGGCAGCAGAAGACCAUCUUCCCCAUCGGCUCCUCUCAGGGUCCCCCUCGAGGCGUCUCGUCCGUGUCGCAGUUCGUGCCUCUGUCCUCCGACUCGUCCUCCUCCUCCGCCACGCCCCGCAAGUCCUCCUCGGGCCCUUCGGGAGCCUCGUCCUCCCUCCCCUCGGCGUCCUCCCACCGCGUCCUGCCCUCUAGCGGCUCUUCGUCGGGGCAGACCAACAGCACGCGGGUCGCCCCUCCUUCGGUGCCUUCGAUCCUCAAGCCGUCGUCCCUCCCGUCCCUCCACGGCUCCAAAUCGCUGCCGCCCACGUCGUCCACCGCGGCCGUGGGCGUCCCCUACAGGCACAAGCACGCCCCGGCCGCCCAGACGUCCGAACACGUGCCCUCCGCCUUCUCGCACUCGCAACACGGCGCCAAACUCAACAUGGCGCCGCACCUCCAUCAGCCACACCACCAGAUGCACCCACACCCUCACUCUCUUCCUCUCCCUCAUCCUCACGCCCACCCUCACCCACAUCCGCACCCCCACGCCCACCCACAACACCCACCCAUCCACCCACACCAGCUGCCUCAACAUUUCCCAGCCCACGCCGCCCACCCUUCGCUCUACUACCCACACCUGGUCACGCCCAUGAUACCUUACUACCCGACGGAUCAGGAUCUGCAACAAACCCGCAAACACAAGAAGAAGGAGAGCAGCAAGAAACGCAAGGAUGGCAAGAAUAAGCAAAAGGAGGAGGAGAAGAAGAAGAAGAAGGAGAGGAAGAGGAAAAGCAAGGAACUCACAGAUGAACAGAUCGAGAGGACUUACACCGGACUGGACAGGGAACUUGCCGAGGAAUUUAUCGAUUCAACAAUGGAACCUGGUCUCUCGCUCCAGAGGGCCUUCAACACGAGUUUUGAUCAAGAUUCAUUUUAAGAAAACAAAACGAUAAUAAUUAAGAGUAAUAGGAAUAAGAAGUGUCCGUGUAUGUUCUUUUUUUUUCUUUUUUUUUCGUCCUGCCAAAAUAUUGUACAUGAAAAUACUAACUUCUUUUCUUUAUAAUAUAUGUGUUAUAAACAAUUCCAUGACGCGUUUUAUCAUAUUAAUGAAUGUUUACAUAUCUCCUGUGUCUUUUUUCUAUUAUUUUGUACUGUAUUUUGUAUUGUCUGUUUUGAAUGGGUUCUUUUAGCUUUUUUAGAAUCAAUAACUUAUCGGUAACAUGGAUUGUAAAUGAAUUAGCAUUUUAUAACGUCAUGUAUAUACAUAUAUAUAUAUAUAUAUAUAUGCAUAAAUCAUUAUACAUAUAUAUACUUUCAUAAAUGUAAAAGUGCACAACUGAUUAUAAUGUUUGUAUAUAAUGAACUUUUAGUCAGUUCACAGCAGGAUGAAAUGUAAAAUAAUUAUUUCGUCAUCAACGCCAUUAUACAUUGUACAUGUAGAGCGUGUACAGCAUAAGUUAUUGUACAUCUGACCCCUUGCACACUUUAUUGUAUUGCACAUGUUAAAAAAAGUCACUGGAUUCUUGGUCACAAACUUCUUUCAUAAAAUUAUAUAAAAAAAAUUAAUAUAUAAAUCAGUUUUCAGUGCCAUUGAUAUAAUCUAGUAAUUAAAUUCAUAACUACCAAUUCAGUAUUACCUUAUCAUAGUCCCAUGCAUUUUCUGCCAGAAUUAAUCGCAUUUAUCAAUAGUAUUAAAAAUGUCUAAAGAAAAUUUCAAACUUUAUUUAAGUCAAGCUUCAAUUUGCAUAAAUUUUAAUUGUUCGAGUUGUACUAACUCCUUUUUUUUAUUAUUAUCCACUUUACAUAUACCCAGUGUAAAUAUCUUAAUAUAUUUUCUGCAAUGGAUUUCAUUGCUGCUCAAGUUCAUAUAACUAUAAGUUUAAGUUUGUAAAUAGUGCAUGAUGUAUAUAUAUAAAAAUAAUAAUAAAUCACAUAAUGUUUUCGGUCUUUCAUUCCCCUUUAUACCUAAAGCACAAAAUAUUAUAAAACCCAGCAAAGUAAAACAAAGCAAUUGAUAAAUAAGUAAUUUUUGAAUUAAUUGUGAAUAACCAUUCCAUGAAUCGCAAAAAAAUUGUAUCAUGAAUGAAUACCAAUGAA